AUGCUGUCCUCCCGCCCCCCGCUCUCGGCCCGCAACCAGCAGCAGAAGCCCUCCUCGCCCCGCAUGUCGCCCAUGAAGAACUUGGCCUUGAGCGACAAGGAGAACACGCCUCCAUCGCUCAGCACCACCCGGGUCCUGGCUUCCAAGGCAGCGAGGAAGAUCUUCCUAGAGGCGGAUGCUCCUAAAAGUGCAAAGCUACCUUCAAGCAACAUACAGGAUGAACCUCUGCUUCGGGAAAAUCCUCAUCGCUUUGUUAUCUUUCCCAUUCAAUACCAUGAUAUCUGGCAGAUGUACAAGAAGGCAGAGGCUUCCUUCUGGACAGCUGAAGAGGUGGAUCUCUCCAAAGAUAUUCAGCACUGGGAAUCCUUAAAGCCUGAAGAGAAGUACUUUAUUUCACAUGUUUUGGCGUUCUUUGCUGCAAGUGAUGGCAUUGUCAAUGAAAAUUUGGUGGAGCGAUUCAGCCAGGAAGUACAGAUCACAGAGGCUCGUUGUUUCUAUGGAUUCCAGAUUGCAAUGGAAAACAUCCAUUCAGAAAUGUAUAGCUUGCUUAUUGACACUUAUAUCAAGGAUCCGAAAGAGAGGGAAUUUCUCUUCAAUGCCAUAGAAACACUGCCAUGUGUUAAACAGAAAGCUGACUGGGCCAUGCGCUGGAUUGGGGAUAAACAUGCCACUUAUGGAGAACGUGUAGUUGCUUUCGCUGCGGUGGAAGGAAUCUUCUUUUCUGGUUCUUUUGCAUCAAUCUUUUGGUUAAAGAAACGGGGGCUGAUGCCUGGACUCACUUUUUCCAACGAACUCAUCAGCAGAGAUGAGGGUUUGCACUGUGAUUUUGCUUGUCUAAUGUUCAAACACUUGGUACACAAGCCAUCUGAGGAGCAAGUGCGAGAGAUCAUCACUAAUGCUGUCAGGAUAGAACAGGAAUUCUUGACGGAAGCGUUACCUGUAAAUCUAAUUGGCAUGAAUUGCACUUUAAUGAAGCAGUAUAUUGAAUUCGUGGCAGACAGACUGAUGCUGGAGCUCGGUUUUAACAAGAUAUUUAAAGCAGAGAAUCCAUUUGACUUCAUGGAGAACAUUUCCCUGGAAGGCAAAACCAACUUUUUUGAAAAACGUGUAGGAGAAUAUCAGAGAAUGGGAGUGAUGUCAACACCCACAGAUAACUCUUUCACUUUGGAUGCUGAAUUCUAGGUGCAGAAGGACAGCUCUCCAGCUAAGCUUGAAAACUGCUAGCUGUGUUUACCCUAUUGCCCUCAAUGUUCCGUUCUUGCAGUGUGUGCUGGUACUUUAGGAAGGUUUGUGUAGCUAAAGCAGAAAAACAAUUACUUAAGGG